UCGUCGAAAGUCGUAAUACAAGCAGCGAGAAUGCAAGAUCCAAGGAUGCCACCAUCAGAGGAAGGUUUGAAUCUUAAGCCGCCUAAACAGAAAAGCUCUGCUAACAAAGGACCUCUGUUUCUGUUAGAAAGAAAUAAUAUUAAAGGGGCUCAGCAGGUACAGGGAUCCCUACCAUUAAAAGGGAAAAAGACGUCAAAGAGGAACCCGAAGAAUGAAAUGUCUCCAAUAUUUCAGCAACCUGAGAGAUCUAACUCAGAUUCAUUACCAGACUCUUCUACAUCUGGAAACGAGUACCGCGUGCUGAGGCGCAAGUAUUUGCUACUGGAGGAAGAGAGCUUUACAUUGGGUAAAGAGGUUAAAGAAAUUGAAGAUGAGGUCAAGGCUCUUGAAGAUGAAAAGUUUGCCCUACUGGAUCAGCUUGUUGUAUUAGAAGGUCUAAUAGAUUCUUCAGAAAUGCAAUCUCAUUGAGCUUAGGUACUAUUCAGUACUUUUUUGCUUCAUGCUAGUCUCUAUAUUUUGUGUGCUUGUAUAUCAUAUGGAAGUAAUAAACCGCAGGGGAAAGUUAGUUUUAUUUUUUAAGUGAUUUUAGAAGUUCUUUCGGGCGAAAAGUGGACAUGGAACUACUCAGAUGUUGGCUGGGCCAAAAGACAUGAGCUCUUAAAGAGAGUUCUGGGUUAUGUUGUGCAGUGCAGGUGUAACCGGUAAUAAGCUUUACGUAAAUGAAACUUAAAUAUUCAUCA